CGCGGGCAGUGCGCCGGGAGGCGCGCAGGGCAGCGCAGAGGUGCGCGCCCGCCAGUGCGGCGGGAGUGGGUGCGCGCCUCGGGCCCCGCCGCCCGCGCAGCCCCUUCCCCGCCGCGGGGUUUCGCUGUCCGCCUGCGCCUUCUUUUAAAUUCUGAUAUUUUUUUUUCCUGGUUCUUCUUUUCCGCCCAAAGCUUUUUUUCUUUCUUUCUUUUUCCCUUUUUCUUUUUUCUUCUUUUUUUUUUUUUUUUUUCUUUUUCUUUUCCGGCGCUCGGCGAGCCCGGGGAAGGCGAGCGGCGGAAAAUAAAAGGCCGGGCGGGAGAAAGGGGCGGGGAGACGGCGAGGGAGCCAGCGGCUGCCGGAGCGGGAAGGCGGGCGCCCCGUCUCCCCGGCCCCGCCGCGGACCAUGUACCAGGACUACCCCGGCAACUUCGACACCUCCUCCAGAGGCAGCAGCGGCUCCCCGGGCCACCCCGAGACCUACCCCAGCGGCGCCGCGCAGCAGAAAUUUCGAGUAGAUAUGCCAGGAUCAGGCAGUGCUUUUAUCCCUACAAUCAACGCUAUUACAACCAGCCAAGACCUGCAGUGGAUGGUCCAGCCCACAGUCAUCACCUCCAUGUCAAGUCCUUAUUCUCGCUCACAUCCCUACAGCCAUCCGCUGCCCCCGCUGUCUUCGGUGGCCGGACACACGGCCCUUCAGCGACCUGGCGUGAUUAAAACGAUUGGGACCACAGUGGGCAGAAGACGAAGAGAUGAGCAGCUGUCGCCCGAGGAAGAAGAGAAGCGAAGGAUCCGGAGAGAGAGGAACAAGCUGGCAGCUGCUAAGUGUCGUAACAGGCGUCGAGAGCUAACAGAGAAACUCCAGGCGGAAACUGAAGUGCUGGAGGAGGAGAAGUCUGUGCUGCAAAAGGAGAUUGCUGAGCUCCAGAAGGAGAAGGAGAAACUGGAGUUCAUGCUGGUGGCUCACAGCCCCGUGUGCAAAAUCAGCCCUGAGGACCGCCGGAGCCCGCCAUCCAGCAGCCUCCAGAGCGUUCGGACUGGAGCGAGCGGAGCGGUGGUGGUGAAACAAGAGCCUGUGGAGGAAGAGAUCCCAUCUUCCUCUUUGGUCCUUGACAAAGCCCAGAGGUCUGUCAUUAAGCCCAUCAGCAUUGCUGGAGGUUUUUAUGGGGAGGAGGCACUCAACACUCCCAUCGUGGUGACCUCAACACCAGCCAUUACCCCUAGCUCCUCCAGCUUGGUGUUCACCUACCCCAAUGUGUUGGAUCAGGAGUCUCCGCUCUCCCCAUCUGAGUCCUGCUCCAAAGCUCACCGGAGGAGCAGCAGCAGCGGUGACCAGUCCUCGGAUUCCUUGAACUCUCCCACCUUGCUGGCGUUGUAAACCCCCUGCGGCUCCCUGUUGCCAGUGUGUUACAUCCCCACCCAGCACCAUGGGGGAAGCUCCCCUCCAUGGCGUUAGAGACAGGCACAGGAUCGUUCAAGUACUAGGGCAGCAAGAACAAGGAUGGGGAAGUGCCGCAGCUCCAGGAGGGAGAGCGAGGACCAACGCCAGCUUCCUGGAGGCUGGAAACGACAAGGGUGGGACUGACGCGCGAGGACUGUUUGGAAAGGGUGAUUUUUUUUUUCCCCCUGUAGGGACUGCCUAUGGAAACCUCUUCAUGGCCAUAGUGGACUUAAGAAAACACUCUUGACCAGGACUGAAGGCGAACUGGAGAUAGUCGCUAGUAGUCCCUUUCCUUUGUGAAUUGAUCUGAUCGGUUAUGCUCUGUGCUUAGAUCAUUCUGGUUAGCUAAUUUUACUAGAUCUUUCUUUGCCUUUCUCUCUCCCUUUCUGUUUAUCAUUUCCAAUGUUGUCGAUCCCAUGACAUUUCAUCCAGUUGCUCUGAACUCUAAAGGCUUGUUAGGAUCUCUCCUCUUGGGCAGGGCUGUGGGGAAACAGGUGGGGUUGUCAAGGCUGGAGCAGCAUGGUUCAGAGGGCAGUGGGGGUCUGAGAGCAGCACAAGGGCUCAGCAACAAGGGCAGAGCUCAUAAUUCAGUGGCACAGUGUCUGUGGCACAGACAUAGUGAACAGAAGGCUGCAGAAGAUAUAUUUAUCCUCCUGGUCUCCUCAAAACCCAAAGUAACAUCUCAGGGCCAGAGUAGCAUCAGAAGAGCUGCUGGGGCAGCAUUUUCAGUGCCUUUGGCAGGGUUUUAUCCCCCUUUGGUAGAUACUAAAUCUGCUGCUUGACUCCUUUGUUUACUUUUCCUGGGUUGCCUGCUGUCUAGGAGUAUUACACCUUCCUCCCGUCACAGCUCCUGACUCAGAUGCUGAACUCUUCCUAUUAGCAAAUCCUCCCCUUCCCUUGGCUGUCUUUGCAAAAUGCCACUGAGGGCACUGAAGGUGCCACUGAAGAAGAGGUGGCACCACACGCCUGUAAAUCUGGCAUGGAGAUUAGUAGUGGAUAAGAGGGUGAAAGUAUCUGACUGACCCCUCAGUGGCUCUUUCUUUGGCAAGCAAAACAGCACACAUUGCUGCAGUUGAUACUAGUGGGUGUUUGCUCAAAGAUUCCCAGCUCCUGAGGUUGGGAGGAAGGUGACGGCGGUGUAAUCUUGGGUAUAAUGCAGGCCAUAAGGCACUCCUGACCAGCCAUUGCAUGCUCCAAGCAAUGACCUGUUUAAAUUACAGCAGAGCUUUUGGCAACCUCUGGUUGUGAUUGACAAAUUGACAUUGGAAGAAAAUUGAUUACCAUUAUUUACACCUCAGACUUUGGCCUCCAGUGUAAUUGAUCUGGUUUUGUUGGGGCUGAUUGGCUUGAAGACCAGAAACAAAUCAGAGAGCUCUGCCCCUAGCCCUGGGUCCUUGUCUCCUCUAACCAUGGUCUUGGCUGCUAGUACCAAGGGCACCAGAGGGCACAAGCUGAUGCUCUAAUGCAUCUUUGUUGCUGGUGUUCACUACUGAAAACCACAAUGUGCUUAAUCUGUUCCUGCCCAGACCCAAGCUCAGUUCCCGUUAAUGUCAAGGCACUGAGAAGCCAUGGCCAUGUGCACACUAAGAUUGCCCAGCUUAUCAGCUGCUUAGGAGGUAGCUCUUUGGUCCAGCCUGUUGAAGCUGUGGUGGCAGCUAUUUAUUUUGAAGUGGGAUUUUUGUUGUUUGUUUGUUUAAUCAAUGGAAACCUGGAUAAUUCUUGGUUAGGCUGGACCUGGAUAAAUGCAGUAUGCAGUGGUGGGGCCAGUUCUGUGAGAUGACUGUUCCUGCAGCUCCCACUGACACCACAGAGAAUUAAUGAAGUUCAGUCUAGUGGAACCGGACCUUUACUCACCAGGGCUGGAUUCCCUCCAACCUUGGCUACUGCCCCAUUCCUUGAAUCAUUUCAAAGCGACACUACUUUGGCUCUAAAGGUAGGCUUUUGCUCUCCCCCCCCCACACACACACACACCUCGAUAUUUAUCAAACUUGCCAGAAAUAGAAAGAGAUGAGUGAUAUUUUUCCUUUGUAGAACUGUCAGUGAUUCAGACUUUUUUGUUGUUGUUUAAACGUUUCCAUCAUUAUGCUAAUACUAGAAGUCUGAAAUUGAGCUUACGCAACAAGUAAAGCUGAUAACGUCCUUAUGUGAACAUCAAGACUUCCUUCUUAAUGAAGUAGAUAUUAAACUUUUGGUAGUUAGCCCAGCUGAUCAUAUUUUUGUACAGUUUUGUGUAGAUGAUGUCAGUAUAGGAGAAACUGCUGUCUCUUUACUUGUCUCCAUUUUGCCAGAUGCUUGUUUGGGCCAAUCUGGAUUUAGAAUCUAAGGCUAUUCAAUAAACUGUUCCUACGUGUCACUUACAUCUAUUUUGGGCAGAACGUAAUAUUGACAAGUAGGGGAUGUUAAAGUGAGGCAGCUGCUUUGAGGCCACCUGAUCACAGGCUUGCAAAAGAUCCCUGGAAUCGAGGCUCAGCUGACAAAUCUGGAGCAUUCCUAGCCAGGAGUUUGGGAAGUCAGAUACCUCCUCAAACCUGAGUUAACAGAAGUCAUAGUAGGAUAACAAAAAUCUCUUUUUAAGUCUUGCUAGCCCUUCGUUAAAGAUGUGAUGUUUUUAACAUAGUGACUUGUCACCUUUUCAGUUGCAGUUCAGUUAUGUUAACCAGCUCAUCAUCUGUGUAUCUGUCUCCUAGACAAACAAGCAUCUUUAGCAUUGUAAGACAAGUUUCCUGGAAAGCAAAGGGUUUAUCUAGCUCUGGUAAGCAGGCAGGUAGCAAAAUCCAAUUGCAUUUCUGAAAAAAUCUUGAGAUGUGGCCUUUGCUGCACUCAAACCCCAUUGCUGCCAGUCUGCAAAAGCAAUCCUAGAAAUCCACGAUGUUUAUUUUCAUAUUUAGCUCAGUCCUUUAUGAUAGUUCCAAAUUGCUCUCAACAAGUUACUUAACUUUCUUUCUUUUUUCUUUUUUUUUUCCUUUCUUUUUUCUUUUUUCUUUUUUUUUUUUUUUUUUUUUUUUAAAAAAGGUAUGAAGUCCUCAGCUAAGCAAGAUCUUAAAUGUGGGGCAUUAUCACUUAUUUAUACCAGGGAGUCCAUGUCCUCAUUUGUAUGGGAGAGGCAUACAGCCCAAGGAAAUACGUCAUUCUACCUUUACUUUUGCUUCACUUAAUUAUUGCCUCAAGGAGCUGCAGCUGGCUCCUGCCCACCGACUUGUCACUGAUCAUCUUGGAGAUGAGACACAAGCAUCCCCUUUCCUGCCUUGUGAUACCGAAGGGAACAGUUUGAAACUACACAUGAAAGAUGAUCAUUAUCUGCAAGAACCCAAGUACUUUGUGGCUGCCUGUCUUGUCCUCCAGUCCUUUCAGAGGAUUUCUGUGUUGGAAUCGCUGGUCUUCUGCCGUCUGUAUUUUGUGGAUCAGCAAUACCUUAUUUUAGUUUCUAGCAGGCGGGUGUAGAUUGAACUGUCUAGCUGUUUUGGUCUGGCCCUGGAUUCUUUUUUUUUUUUUUUUUUUUUUUUUUUCCUUUCCCGAGUUUACUGAUGUGCUUUUUGGGACCAUUCCACAAAUGGUGUUUUCUAUGAGUAUCUUCCCUGAUGACUCCUAAAUGUACAGUGUCUCCACUUUCUGCAUGCAAUAGGGGUGAAGGACCUAUUAGAACUAGUGUCUGACCAAAAGUUGUUCAAGUUGAUAGAAAAAUGCCCAGAGAAUUUCAGCUAGUAUUGGGUCAAACCCCUGGUGACUGGUCCAAUGAAGCAUCUAAUAACAGAAAUAAUAAUAAAUUGUUCAAUGCCCAACUGGGAGGAGCAGUAGCAGCCACACUGAAGGAAACACUCAGCUUCCAGGUGAUGUUUGCCAUUCCAGUUUUACCCUCAUUCCUCCUCCCCCCCCCUUCCCAUUGCCUUCAUCCAUUCCUUUCUUGUAGGUGUGGAGACUGGGUAAGUCUCAAACUGCUUGUGGUGUGAUGGGAUUUGGGACCAACAUGCUGGGGACAGUAGCUCUCUGUUGUGUUUUUAUAAUUAUUAUUUAAAUGAUCUAUUUAGUUCAUCUGAUUUUGCUGCUUACUCUAUGUAGGAUCCACCUGGCCUUCAUCCUAAAUGAAAAAGAAAAAACAAAAUGAAAACAAACCUAAGGCAUUCCCCUAGUAUCUUAUUUAUUGGCAGGCAGUCAUUUUGUGCCUGCUGCAGCAGAUCUGCCUGCCAUUAAUUUAACAUCCUCCCAACUCACAUUCCUAGGUUUUGGUGGUUGUUUUUUUGCUUUCUGUUUUUGAUUUUCUUUCAUUCUAAAUAGACUUCUGAAAUGUUAAGAAAUUGUAUUAUGACACUUACAAGUUCAUUUUUGUUAGAAAGGCCAAGUCAAACAUUUUAAGAGGUGGGGGGAACAGUCUGCAUUUUAUUUCUUAUUUAUUUAUCAUGUUUACAUCUUUUUUUUUCUGUUCAAGACUUGGAUAUAAUAAAGCAUUAAAAAUACUCCAAUCUUCUUUUUUUAGGCUAAUAUUUUUUUUCAAUUCUUUAAAUAAAAGAUUCUGGGUUUUGUUGUUGUCUGUAUAAAAUGUAUAAAGAGAUAUGUUUCUAAAGAUGCAUUAUCAUUCCUCUGUGAACAGUAGGUGGAGUUGAGGACAAAUCUCAGAAUACAAGAUAAUAAUAAAAUCCCAUCCUGUUUUACUUGUUCCCCUCCUAUCCUGUAUGAUUAAAGGGUUAUUCCACUUUCUUGUUUGUGGUUACUUGAUAUUAAAACCAUAUUAAGAUGUGUAGAAAAUAGACAUCCAAUUGUUUUUGCUCAGUGAGAGGAUAAAAUGUUGUAUAUAUAUUGAUAUACUGUGUAGUUCAAAGUAACAUCAAUAAGGGAUAGUGCAUCUUUAUUAGAGCGAUAAGUUACUAGUGUCGCUAAAGUCUACUUUAAGAUCCUCAGACGUAAAAAGGGCCUGAUUCUGAAUCCACUUUCAUGUGGGUAAAUUGAGAGCAUCAAUAUUGUUUCACUGCUGCAAAGCAGAUGUCAGAGGUGGAAUCAAGCCUCGGUGAUUAAUGUGCAACCAUGAGGAUUAUUGAAGGUUUGGGGGCACCGUUAUCUUAUUUUCCUCAGAAGUUUUAGAUCAUGGUUUUUCUUUUUUGUCUGCGGUGAAAUAGUUUCUGCCAAGGAGGUUCUUAAAGGUGACUGUUGAAUUGGGACCCUUCUUUGCUCGUUGUGAUCUUUAUAUAGUUCUUGCAGUCAUGGAGAAUCUCAGCUCUGAGGCAUUCUCUCUGGUGUUGUCUCUUUUCUGUUCUUGUUAUUUUACUGUAAUACAGGCCUACAGUAUUUGCACUAAAACAAAAAGCUUGUUAGAGAAAGCUUGCUGCUAUGAAAGAAAGAACAUAUUAAAAUGGUUUUGCUUUUACAAUUUUAACUGAGUAGCAUUUUGUAGAAUAAAAUCAAUUUAGACUGAAAAGAAAAAUGUCUUCUCUUUUUUCCUCUGCACUUCCCCUUCCACCCUCCUUUCUUUUCCUUCCAUUCCUUGGUGGUGUAAUGUUUUUCCCUCUCUCCCCCCCUUCUCCUUUGGUGCUCAGUUGUAAUGAUUGGCUGUAUUGUUGACUAUGCUGCUGAGAGUUUUGACACUUGUAAAUCCUGUUUUAAUGAUGUUGUGGACACUCUUUUGUAUAGCAAGAGCUAACUGGAGUUCUUCUCUCUCUGUUAAUUGAAGUCAUUAAAAAGCUCCCUUUGCCAUGAACAAUUAAAA